AUGCAGCAGGUCAAACCGGAGGACAUUACUUCCAAGGACUAUUACUUCGAUUCCUACGCUCACUUCGGCAUUCAUGAGCAGAUGAUCAAAGAUUCGGUCAGGACUGGGAGCUACCAGGAGGCGAUCGAGAGGAACAGAAAAGUUUUUGAGGGAAAAGUUGUCCUCGACGUGGGUUGUGGAACCGGCAUCUUGAGCAUGUUUGCGGUGCGAGCAGGGGCGAAACACGUGUAUGCGGUGGACUGCUCAUCCAUCUUUUACAUGGCCAAGGAGAUUGUUGAGCUGAACAAGUUUCAAGACAAGAUUACCUUGAUCCACGGGAUGAUCGAGAAGAUCGAAUUGCCAGUCAAGGUGGACAUCAUCAUAUCAGAAUGGAUGGGAUACGCUCUGCUCUACGAGUCCAUGCUGGACUCCGUGUUGUAUGCGCGAGACAAGUGGUUGGCACCCAACGGCCUUAUCCUCCCGGACCGGGCUGUCCUGUGGAUCUGUGGCAUUGAGGACAAGGAGUACAAGAGCCAAAAGAUCAACUUCUGGAAGGAUGUCUACGGCUUCAAUAUGAAGUGUAUCCAGUCGUCGGUGCUGCAAGAGCCGCUUGUCGACGUGGUCAACCCUGACUGCAUCUCAUCCUCGUUGCAGUUGAGAAGUUUUGACCUCUACACUGUCAAGAAGGAGGAUCUCUCCUUUGAGUCACCUUUCCGGUUAAACGUCACCAGGAAUGACUACCUAACGGCGUUUGUGGUCUAUUUCGACAUCGGCUUCACUUCCCUCGACUUCCCGGUCUGGUUCUCAACAUCCCCCCGAGCCGUUUCUACACACUGGCGACAGUCCGUCUUUUACCUCUCCGAGGAGUUGGUGGUAUCUAGAAACGAGACGGUCACAGGCAGUUUGUCUGUGAGGCCCAACGCUCGCAAUCAUAGAGACCUGGACUUUUCCAUCUCAUUCCAGCACAAGGGCAAGAUCAAUGGGUUGGUAUCGGCAGUCGACAGCUAUCGUAUGCGAUAG